CUUGUAAAGUAUGUUCAGAGCGAUAGCCUCCAAGGAGCCCACACACAAAACACACCACUGUUGAGGUGUUACACUUUCUGUUGCCAUCCAAGACGCACUUGAAACCAGAGCUGCGCUUGUUCAAGGGCACCGUUAUCAGCUUCCUCUUUAGCUCUGUGGAUAUUUUGGGGGGGGGAUACACAAAGGUGCUGACUUCCAGGAGAACCAAUAGUUACCAUACAAACAAAAAAAAGUUUUAAAGAAGUGAAUUGAGCCUUUCUUUUGGGACAACAUGGCACUGAGGCAAGACUCUGACAAGGAGCCAAGCAUCGAGUUGUUCAUUAAGGCUGGACAUGAUGGUGAAAACGUGGGGAACUGUCCCUUCUGCCAGAGGCUGUUCAUGGUCCUGUGGCUGAAAGGAGUCAAGUUUACAGUGACCACUGUUGACAUGAGGAAGAAACCAGCAGAGCUCAAAGACCUGGCUCCUGGGACCAACCCUCCAUUCCUCCUCUACAACGGCACCCUCAAAACAGAUUUCAUCAAAAUUGAAGAGUUUCUUGAGCAAACACUGGCCCCUCCCAGGUAUCCUCAUCUGAGCCCAUUAAACAAAGAGUCUUUUGAUGUGGGAGCUGACAUUUUUGCAAAGUUCUCUGCUUUCAUCAAGAACAGCCCAAAUAAUGCCUUCCAGGAGAAAAACCUGCUCCGGGAGUUCAAGCGUCUGGAUGACUACCUGAACUCUCCACUCCCCGAGGAAAUCGACCACAACUCGACAGAAACCGUGACCGUAUCCAAAAGAAAGUUCUUGGACGGGGAUCGUCUCACCUUAGCGGACUGCAACCUACUGCCCAAACUGCACGUCAUCAGGGUUGCUGCCAAGAAGUACUGUGACUUCGACAUUCCUGCUCAGUUCACAGGCGUGUGGCGAUACCUUCAAAACGCCUACGACAGAGAGGAGUUCAAGCAGACGUGUCCAGCUGACAUUGAGAUUGAGAAAGCCUACUUCGGUGUGGCCAACAAGAGGAAAUAAACCCCUUACUCUCUGUAAUUCUCAUCCCUUUUUCACCUAGUGUAACCUGUAGAGGGCACUACAACCUAGAGCGCUCAGUGGGACUGCCAACAGACAAAUCCUUAUGUCACACUGAAAAGGCCAAAUGUGCAAUUGACACUUGAUGUAAUUUAGCAGAUUUUUGUUUAUAGUGUAAAUAAAGGUAUUUUCAUGCUUUUUUUUUUUUUUUUUUUUUUUUUUAAUCAAACACCCUUUUGAUCAUGUUAGUUUGAGCAGCAGCUGCAGAAAUCCUCACAAACAGUUAAUUUUUUUGCAAAACAUGAACUUCACAGCUGUAUCUUAACUUGUAUAAACACAAUUAUUUCAUUGUUUCACUGUCACUAAUAAACAAAUAUCAGUUUUAUUUGUCAUAAUCCUAAUUUGUGUGAGUCGUCACAGAAAACAGCCACAUUUCUGAUAUUUAAGUUUAUUUUCAUCCACAAUAAAAGACCAUUUUACAACUUCAAAAAUAGAUUUUCUGUUGAUCAGGUACAGAUGAUAAAUAUAUGCAGUUUGAAAUAAAUAUGAAGAUGGAGAAUGAAGAUGUCUCCAAAAAGGCUGUUGAAAUAACACCACUUCUUUGCUUCAGUUGGUCACACAGUACUUCCAGAAACACGCUGUCGGAGAAACAAAAUGAGAAAAAUCAAGAAAAAAGCUGAAGGUGAACACGAUUAAAACUCUUUUCAACCGUCUGCCUUGAUAAUACUGUAUAAUAACCAGCCUGUGAGAAGAUUAAGGCUGCAUUUCACAUAAUUUCAUCAAUAUUUUCAUGUAAAAAAGUGUUUCACUAUUGAAGCGGUCAUGUAUUUUGUGCAUCUAAAUAAAUUUACACAAUUGAAAUA